AUGGACAAACUCGAAAACAAACAGACUCAAUUGGAAGAAUCAAUUAAAUUUGCAAGCAAUUCAAUCUCAGAAAUAGAAACGAAAAUGGAUAAUUUAGCUGCUAAGCUUAAAAAAGUUGAUUACAAUAAACUGGCAAUAAGUGUGGACGUAGAGGAAUUAUAUAGCAUUCUAAACUGUGAUCAUGGUAAUGAGGCAAACAAUGUAGAGGACGCGUAUCUGUACCUUUGUAAUGCAAUCAAGAACUCCUGCAUCAAAUCGCGCAAACGAAAAUCUCGACCGUGGUUUGAUAAAGAAUGCUUUGAAUUAAAGGUUAAAACGCGACGUUCAUACGCUCGAAUAAAGAAAAACAACAGUGAGAAACUGUUAGCUAUUAAUUCACAACUUGUAGCAGAAUUCCAGCGCCUCAAGAGAAAGAAAAAACAUAAAUAUCAGGAGGAGCAAAUAAUACGGAUGAUUGAAAAGGCUGAAGCCAGUAUCAGCGAAUUCUGGUCACUUUGGAGAACUAGAAAAACAAGGUCAGGUGGAUCCCAGGUGUCCCCUGAAAUGUGGUUUGAUCACUUUAGUGCCUUAUUGCAUACUGACAAUUUACCGAUGUUGCCUUACUACGCAAAUGUAGAGACAGAUGAUGAUCCUUUUUCGUGGCCCAUUGAUGAGUCCGAAGUUUUAAUUGCAUUUGGUAGGGGGAAAGCGGGUAAAGCGGCCGGGCCGGACGGCAUCACCUAUGAUGUUUUGAAAAACUGUAGUGAGAUCUUAGUAACUCCAAUAACUCAAAUUUUAAACUUUUGUUUUCUAAACAGUUUUUGCCCAUCUGAAUGGCUGAUUGGCUACUUGUUGCCAAUAUAUAAGGACAAAAGAUCGUUGUCACACCCAGACUCAUACAGGGGUAUUGCAUUAUCAUUGUGUGUUCUAAAAUGUUAUACGUAUAUACUAAGUAAACGUAUAUUAAACUGGGCAGAAACUCAAGGGAUACUGCCUGCGCAACAGCAUGGCUUCCGAAGCAAACUAUCCACUGAAACCACUGUCAAAGAGCUUAAUAUGCUAAUAAGUAACACCUUAACUAUUCCCAAAUGCCCACUCUAUGUGGCGUUUGUGGAUUUUAAAAAGGCAUUUGACAGCGUGGACAGGGGUAGGUUGCUUCGGAAGCUUUGUGAACUAGGAUUGCAUCCCAAGAUUAUGAAAGCGUUGUGGUCUCUACUGAGAGAGAAUUACAUUAAAAUUUUAACAAAUAAUGUAUUGAGUGAAGCAGUCGCACAGAGCAUUGGCCUGGCCCAAG